GUCAAACCACUACAACACAAUGGCUUUGACUCAGUAAAUUACCUAGUUAUAUUUGGACAAAUUUGGGUUUCCUGCAUCCCUGGCAGUGAUAGGAACUGACCAUUUGAAAGCAAUCAGGUUAAGAUGUUUUCUAACACGAAAGGGAACCAGAGUCUUCAUCAUCACAAAGAAUUGUGAUUCAAGCACAGGAUUCUAGAUCUUUGCUUUUUCCUCACACAAGAAUUCAGUUACACAGCUUCUCUCCUAAAAUGGGUAAUCUGAUCGGAGGCUUCUUCAAGAGGGACAACAAGUUGUCAAAGAAACCAAAUAGAAGAUGGAGAAAAAGCGCAGCACUGAACAAAGAUUUUGAAUGGAGGCUAAACGUACCCAGUCAAGAAAUGGAAGGAUGUUCCUCAAGUGGAUAUCGAAGAACUAAAGAUGAAAAUAAUAAAAUUCAUCCGAACUUCCGUCUAAUGGAUGACCUGGAGGAUAUGGAAUCUUUACCGUAUUACAAUAACCUCCCUCCUCUUCACCGCGCUAUAAUGACUGGACGUCUUCACAUCAUACCAGACUUGCUGAAGUGUGGGGCAGAUAUAAAUGGCAGAGGUUACUUAAGUGAAACUGCUCUCCAUGUGGCUUCUGAAAUGCUCAUCCAAGAGGCCAUUGAAAUUUUACUCCACUGUGGAGCCAACAUAAAUCUCACAACAUUGUUUAAAAAGAAAACAGCACUCCAUCUAGCAGUCUGGUCUUCCUCUUGCAAGGCUGGGAUCCUCUUAGAAACAACUAACACAUGUGUUGAGCUACUGUUAUUUAAUGGAGCAAACGUACACAUGAAAGACUCGGAAGGACAAGAAGCUAUUCACUAUGCUUGCCAAAAUGGCAGAGAAGAUAUAAUUAUGCUUCUUUACAAUUAUGGGGCAGACAUGGGCUCUUUAACUGAGCAAAAGGAGUCUCCACUUUUUCUGUUCCUCGAAAACGUAAGCAAUUUAAGGAAGGUAAACGUACUGAAGAAACUGCUAAGCCUAUCAUACCCUCUGAAAUUAAUUAAUCGCGAGGGCCGUCUCCCCUACGCACUUUGCCAUCCCAGCGGUAAACAGCUGAAAGACAUGCUCAGGAGAGAGGCUUUAGAAGUCUGGUCCUUGCAGGAUAUCUGCAAAUUCAACGUCAGGAACAUAUAUAGAGGAACUAAAAAAUACUCGCUGAUAAAUACCAUUCCUAUCAACUUGUGGAAAUCCAUAUUCUUCCUUGAAGAAUAUUCAUAUGCUUCAAGAAUAAAAGAUUAUUUUGCUUAAAGUACAAUACUCAUUUUAGAACAUCAUUUUA